AAAGCCAAGUAUAUGAAUUUGCACAGAAAUCACUCACCACACACUUUGUCUGUGUUGGUAUCCACUGGUGGCCACAUUCCUUGCACCUAAAGCCCACUGAAUGAAUAGUUGUCCCACGGUUUUUCCUGUUUCCCUGCUUCUCUCUACCCUCCUAUCUCUGUGUCUCUCGCCCCAGAGAGAGCCUUCUAGUGGAUAGUGAGCCCAAUUGUGUCAGUGAGAUGUUUAUUAAUGAGAGAGGAGCACACAGAGCAGAGCUGCCAUGGAAAGACUAAUCGCUAAUCUCUUUGUUAAUACGGUAAAUCUGCCAGUGUACUAAAUUACCAAGAAGCUGCAAGACAGGGACAUGCAAGUUAUUUUGUGGAGGGGUACUUGGUGACUUUGUGAAUUUGCUCUGGUGUCAGACUUUACACGGAAUUUGGAGUCAGCUUUUCUUUUUAAGGACAGUUGUAUGUGUAAGUUGUUGGUGUUUUAUCGCUUUGGAACCAGGGAGUUGUUGAUGCAAGUGAGUGAGUGCAGUCUUGCAUUUUAAAAAGAAAUUUAACUCUGUAGUUAUUGGUUAGGUUUUUUUUUUGCAUCUAUAAAAGGGUUAGUGUGUGUCUGAGUGUGUGUGCUUGCUUGUGGGCUGUUAAGUGUUUGUUCGCCUGCCAUGCCCUUGCCUGCUCCUGAUGUCCCAGCCUCUCAGAGGCUGGCACUGGAUUGUCGUACCCUUCUGGACCAUCGCGUUGGCAAGGGGGUUUGCGGUUGUUGUGGGGCACUCAGGCCUCGGUACAAACGACUGGUAGACAACAUCUUCCCAGAGGACCCAGAGGAUGGGCUGGUGAAAGCCAACAUGGAGAAGUUGACAUUCUAUGCCCUGUCAGCUCCAGAGAAGCUCGACCGUAUCGGAGCCUACCUGUCUGAGAGAUUGUCAAGGGAUGUGGCCCGACACCGAUACGGGUAUGUAUGCAUAGCCAUGGAGGCCUUGGAUCAGCUGCUGAUGGCCUGCCACUGUCAGAGCAUCAACCUGUUUGUGGAGAGUUUCCUUAAGAUGGUGCGGAAGCUGCUUGAGUCAGACAAACCCAGCCUUCAGAUCCUAGGAACCAACUCAUUCGUGAAGUUUGCCAACAUAGAAGAGGACACCCCAUCGUACCACCGCAGUUACGACUUCUUUGUGUCACGCUUCAGUGAGAUGUGCCACUCUAGCUUCGAGGACCCUGACAUCCGUACAAAGAUCCGCAUGGCAGGUAUCAAGGGUCUGCAGGGUGUGGUGAGGAAGACCGUGAAUGAUGAGUUACAGGCAAACAUCUGGGACCCUCAGCACAUGGACAAGAUCGUCCCCUCUCUGCUUUUCAACCUCCAGAGUGGAGAGCGUACAGAGAGCCGCUCCCCCUCGCCGCUGCAGGCGUCAGAGAAAGAGAAGGAAAGCCCAGUGGAACUGACCGAGCGCUGCUUCAGGGAGCUUCUGGGACGAGCUGCCUAUGGCAACAUCAAGAAUGCUAUCACACCCGUGCUAAUGCACUUGGAUAACCACUCUCUAUGGGAGGGGAAGACUUUUGCAGUGCGUUGCUUCAAAAUCAUCAUGUACUCCAUCCAGUCUCAGCACUCCCACCUGGUCAUCCAGCAGCUUCUCGGUCACCUGGAUGCUAACAGCAAGAGCUCGGCCACAGUGCGAGCUGGCAUAGUGGAAGUUUUGCUGGAGGCAGCUGCCAUCGCAGCCAGUGGCUCUGUUGGCCCCACAGUCUUAGAGGUGUUCAACACUCUGCUGCGGCAGCUCCGUCUCAGUGUUGACUACGAGUUGACCGGCUCUUACGACGGCAGCACGAACAUCGGCACCAAGAUCAUCAAAGCUCACGAGGAGAGGCAGCUGCAGGAGGCUGUCAUCAGGACCAUUGGUUCAUUUGCAAACACUCUGCCAACAUACCAGCGGUCAGAGGUCAUGCUCUUCAUUAUGGGCAAGAUCCCUGUCCCUGGUGUUCACCUAGCGCUGCCAUCCACUGGCUCAGGGCCUGAGGGCACCCGGAUGAUUCAGGUCAUGUUACUUAAAUCCUUGGUCCAGGUUACAGCAGGAUUCCAGACCACCAACAUGCUGACAGCACUGCCAAGCUCCUUCCUGGAGCCACUGCUGUCCCUCUCUCUCACCGAGGAUUCAGAGGUUCGACUGCUGGUGCUACAAAUCCUUCUCAGUCUCAUCGACCGGCAUGACAACAGGCCAAAGUUCCUCAACAUUAGCAGCAUCUCGGACAUCUCGGCACUCAAGCUCAAAGUUGACAAGUGUUCCAGACAAGACAACUUAUUCAUGAAAAAGCAUGGUCAGCAGCUGUACCGACACAUUUACCUGGGCUGCAAGGAGCAGAACAGUGGUCGGCAGCACUACGAGUUCCUUUUUGCUCUUUUGGGCCUUCUGAGUGUGGAGCUUGCUAAUGAAGAGGUGGUGGUGGACCUCAUUCGUCUCACAUUGGCAUUGCAGGACCUGGCACUUUCAACCGACGAGGCUCUGCCCGUUUAUAACCGCUGCGCUAUUCACGCCCUCGCCGCUGCCUACCUCAACCUCAUCUGCCAGCUCACCACCGUUCCAGCCUUCUGCCAGCACAUACACGAGGUAAUUGAAGUCAGACAGAAAGAAAGCCCCUACCUUUUGCCUGAGGAUGUCUUCAUUGACAACCCCAAGCUGCCUCCCUCCCUGGAGAAGGUAGAAGGGGAUGUUUUGUUCCUUCAGUCGAAGAUUACUGAGGUGCUUGGAGGCAGUGGUUACAACACAGAGAGACUGGCUACACCUUACGUCCCACAGUACACAGAUGAGGACCGUCUGUCUAAGAGAAAGAGCAUCGGUGAAACAAUCUCACUCCAAGUGGAGGUGGAGUCCAGAAACAGUCCAGAGAAGGAAGAGAGGACACCGGCAGAGGAGAUCACAUUUGAGACCUUAAAAAAUGCCAUAGUGGACAGUGUGGGUAUGGAGGAGCAGGAGAGGGAGCGGAGAAGACAAGUGGUGGAGAAGUUUCAGAAAGCCCCCUUUGAGGAAAUAGCGGCCCAUUGUGGUGCCAGGGCCACUCAGUUGCAGAGUAAACUAAAUCAGAUCUUUGAAAUUACAAUCAGACCCCCACCCAGUCCAUCUGGAACCAUCACGUCGGGUUACGGCCAAACCCAGAGUCGAUCUGUGCCCAUCUAUGAGAUGAAAUUUCCCGACCUGUGUGUGUAUUAAAACCAGAAAGUCACCCACGAUGGUUUGUGUUGCACACGAAAGAGAGACGCUGAUCACUCCUCACUGUAAAGGCAUCUUUGACACAGAAUCUUUUAAGGGAUGUUAGGGAAUUACUACAGUUUUUUGUUUUUUUUCUUUGAUUAUCCUAUCCAUCUGAAAUGACAAUUAUUUUGCUCUGUGACAGCAGCCAACACAAGCAGGCCUAUGUUUGUGAAAGCAGCAGUAAAAACAAAGUUUAUUUUAAUUAAAUGUUUUCCCUUCAGUUCUCCUUAAACGCCUGUAAAAGCUCCACUGGCUGGAGUUUUGUGUCAGACUUUGAGGAAAAUUGUUGUGACAGACUGAAACCUUUUAUGGAGGCGGCGUCAGAAUGAAUGAAAUGAGUUGCAUGCUCUGAAACUGGACAUAUUUUAAAAAGCACUGCUAACUAUUUUGUCCCUUACAGGGUGCCAUACUUCCGUAAAUUAACAAAAAUAGAUUGACCAAUCAUUCUUACUUUCUCACGACAUUUUAUAUUUAAUCAAUUGUCACGUUUUCUUUCGGUCCAGAAGAAAGUAUUUGAACGAGACACACUUUAAUUUAAUCGUGUUGUUGUAUAUGUUACUACUUCCAAUGUUACUUGUUUAACUUCAGUGUUAAUGCUUUUAUUGUUUUUUUGUUUUGCCUUUUUUUAGUGUUAGCCAAAAGUGCUUUUUCUUUAACAAUGGGCAUAUAUAUAUAUAUCCUGCAUCUAUUUUUACACAUUUUUUUUUUAAUAAUUUUUUUUGUUUUUAGCUGUGGUUUAAAGGAAAGAUAACUGCUGCCUGUGUGCUAUCCUCCAAAGUGAGUGUGCCUUAUAGGUGACUCAAGUUCCAAGACACGCAAAAACACACAAAUACACUGCGCCACAGACGAUCUGAAGAGUUUACCAGAUUAAACACUAGAAAAAUGACUAAGGAUUCUUUAUUUUUUUUCCUUCUCAUAGAAAUGUGUAUAUACAGAGAAAUAUAUAAAUCUUUAAGCUGAUGUACAGAGUAGGGACGUUCUUGUUUGUGUAUGUACUAUAAUUGUAUAUUAAUUGUAAUUUUAGACUGCCACAACACUGAUGAGUGUCAUAUAUGGAGGGAGAAAGCUACUUAGUUUGUAUUCAGAUACUUUUUCUAAAAAUCUCACACAAAUAAUCAACACGUGAAAUUAUAAUAUAAAUUGCCAAGGGUCUCUGUAAACCCUCAGUAGAAAUCUUGUGAAGCCGGUAACAGUUACACUAGUAAGGUAUUAACGAGCCCAUCUCAUACAAUCUUUCAAGGAAAACGGAUUUAAAAGUUAUUUUCAAUGUCAUUGCUUUCCAGAAUUUUGGAGACUUGUUUUGCUGCCAUUACACACCCCCCAAGUCCUGAUGGAAUUAGUUUGCAUUAGUUUUUAGCUUCUCCGCCAUGUUGCUGCCGCCAAGCUGUGGAUCUGUUUUCCUUCAGCGAAAUAAAAAGUGCGUCUGAAAGCCAUUUUGUGUGUCCCCAAGCACACACUCGCAGGUAUUAAAAACAAUGUAUAAUGGCAAUAAUGUGGCACUAGCCUGACUGAUAAAGCCCGACUAUAGGUAGCAGAUCCUUGUGUGUGAUUCGUGUGUUGUACUUUUUGAUGGUUCAGUUUUGUGAAAUUGUAAGGGACCGUGUCUCCCUCCUGCUCCCGUGCUUCUGUGAAAAGUGACUGCAUCAGAUUUGGCACGUGUUCCAGCCAUCUUGUUGAACAUGGAUGAUGGUGUAUUUCCAUAUUGUCAAUUUGGUGUAGUCCAAUUGGCUUCUUCUUCUGUUUUUAUGUUGUUGUUUUUUUUACACUUUAGUGUCCACUGUAUGUAUCUUUAUGUCCACACAUGCCUGUGUAUCAAGUCGUCUGUUCACGUUUACCCUGUCAUCAGUGGACAUGUGUUUGUGUGAGUGAGUGUUACAUGUAUAUGUGUGCGUGUGUCCUAAUCCUCAUGAUCUCAGACCAAACUCAGACACAGUUUACACUUUUUGUCCAGUUGCUCUUUCCUCAGCAUUGACGAAGAACAAGCCUAAACCUUCCAGUGACACCUAAUGUAAAAUGUAAAACGAAUUCUCAGCAUCUUGCAGCUCCACAGUGAAGACCCGUAAAUGUGUCGGUCCGCUCAUUGUCAUCAUCGCUGUGUGUGUGUGUGUAAGUGUGUGUGUGUGUAACCGAGAGUAAUCCAUCCUUAAUUUUGACAUGACAUGUCUGGUUUAAUAGAUCUGUUUACAGUGUAGUGCUAUAGGUCAAAUCUAUUCCUUCUGUGAACUUUGCACUUUAAAAACUGGAUUACCUGGGGACAAAGGCAGCUUUUACAUGGAGAAAAUGCCUUAUGAGUGUCAUACCUGACUCUGCAUGCUAGUGAUGUUGCUGUGUUGUACAAUAAAAUUGUCCGUAACCAUAAAUGAUUUGACCCCUUCCUUA